CCUGUUGUUUAUACCAUACAUACAUAUACUAUACAUACAGUAAUACUAUACUAAUAAUGAAUGUAUAGUUAACUAAAUUAUUUUGGUCACCAAUAGAUCCAACCAUUUAUUAUAUGAUAUAUAGUUAUAUAUAUAUAAACUGUUUGUGUCUUAUAUUAUAUAUGAUAUGUAUGUAUGACUACUAAUAGCCAUUUUCUUCAAUCAAUCAAUCAGUGAAGUGAAGACCUAAUUGCCAACCAAACUGUGUCAACGACUCCUACAGAAGAAGACGACGACGACGACUACGAAGUCUUGUAUUUGUUAUUAUUUAAUGGUUUUUAUUGUGUGUUCAUCUGAUCUGUCGUCUGAUUGAUUGAAUGAUACAUCAAUUCUUCUUGUGUCACAUAUCCUCUUCACAUCUAUUCUUCUACUUCUUCGCUGUUGUUGUGUGUGUGAAGAGACGCGCCAUACCAUAGAUGACAACAAUGGAUGAUAUCGACGAUAACCACAAUCACAAUCAUCAUAACCAUCACCACAACCACAGCAACAACAAUACGAAUGAUAGUCACAAUUCGUCGCCAUCGCAAUCACCGUCGGGAGAGGCGGCUGCGGCCGCGGCAGCCGAUGACAAGACCUAUCAUUUUCGUAAAGGUUCCGAUUUGGAUGGUUUCGAGUCGUUUGGCGCACUGUUUGCCGACGGCUUGUUCACCGAUUUGGCCAUCUGUUGUUCGGGUCGUGUAUUCCGUUGUCAUCGGGUAGUGAUGGCCGCCAGCAGUGCCUACAUUCGCAACGCAUUGGCCGCCUUCCAGACGGCCGACACACAAAACAAUUGCAAUACUAUAAUGAUAUUACCGUCGGAUAUACGUGUCCAGGACAUGGAAGCCAUCCUUCACUUCAUCUACAACGGACAGGUAGAGGUCACUCGGGACGCGAUCGAGUCGUUUCUGUCGUCGGCAAAGAUUCUCCAUAUCAAAGGCUUGGCCAACAUUAAGCUGGUCUACAAUAAUAGCCACCGAAGUACUGGUAAUUCAAAUCACAUCAACAACAAUAAUAAUAAUAAUAACAACAAUAAUAAUCCACAGAAUAAUAAUAACCAUUGCAACAGAAGCUGUAAUAAUCAUAAUUGUAAUAAUAAUAAUCAAUUAAAUAAUAAUUCACAGAAUAAUAAUCAGAAUCAGAAUCAGAAUAAUAAUCAAAAUACAAACAACACAUCCAUUAAUAGUAAUCACAAGAAUUGCGUUAACAAGAAUCAGAUGACAACAACAACAACAUCGACGACAUCAUCAACACCAACGACGACAACAGCAUCGCCGACGACGACGACAACGACAACAAUAACCAAACCCGUGAACAACGAGAACCAGAAUUUACAGAAUUUCCAUUCGUUUUCCAAUUCGACAUCAUUUACCACAAAUUCUUCGAUCAAUAAUCAGAAUCAGAAUAUCGAAAAUAAUCAUCAAAUGACUAACAAGUCUUCGUCGUCGCCGCCGACGAAAAUCAGACGCAACGGAUUGAUUGGCCAACAGAAUCGAUCGCCGAAUAAUAAUAAUAACAAUAAUAAACUAAACAACAAUUCAAGUGAUCUCAAGAAUAGUUACAAUAAUAAGAAUAAUUGUAAUCACAAUAAUGUCGAUAAUAUUCCUCCACAAACACAGAGCUUUCAUUCAUCAUCAGCAACAACAACAGCAGCGACUGUAGAGUCGUCUCCACCACCACAACAACAACAACAACCGCAACAACAAGAAGUGGUGAACCAAUCAGAAUCAAAGAGUGCGCGACGAAAACAAAAGUUACCGACAAAAACGUCGACAAAAAACACAUCAUCGCCGCCGGCGGCGACCAAUGGCUACACAAGAAUGGCUACAAGAGAGAGCAACGGCUGCGGCGACAACAACAACAACAAGUCGUCGAGCAAUUGGGUAGACAUUGUCAACGAUGUCGACGACGACGACGACAAUACGAUUAGCGAACCGAUUGGCGACGAGAACGACGACGACAAUCGAAAGAACAAGAUUUCCGUCAAACAGGAGACGAUCAACAAAAGCGGUGGCGAAUUGAACGGCAAUUCCGACUCUAUUGCCGCACCGCCGACACCAUCGAUGCCGUGUCUUAUUCAGAUUGACGCCGAUCCGACCAACUUUCCCGCUUAUCUGCCUAACAGUACGGAUAAGGGUGUUAAGCGUCGCCGAAGCGGUUCGUUGCGUAUCGAAGCUGCAGCAGCUGCCCGGGCUGGCAGUGGUGGUGGCGGUGGCGGACACCAUCAUCAUCCGCAUCACCAUCACUCGAAAAGUAGUGUUGGCCAUCAACAGCCGCUGGCCAAACACAGCCGACACCAUAACAACAACAACAACAAUAGCAACGGCGACCUACAGACGCCACCAUCGGCUAAACAGUCGUCGACAAUCAUACGCGACCGAAACAAUCGCAAGUCAUUGCCGUUUACCUUCCAUAAGCCGAAGUCGUCGUCAUCGUGGGGAUCAACUAACAAAUGGAAGUGCGAAAUAUGUAACAAAUACUACGGUAACAAACAGACACUCAAAGAACAUAUGGAUUACUUUCAUUCCAAUCGAGCCGAACAAAUCUUUACGUGCAAUGUCUGCCAGAAAGAGUACACUUGGAAGAAGUCGCUGAUGAAACACUAUCGCGAUAUUCAUCAGAUAUCUUCACUAUCGUUAUCAUCAGUUGGUUUUCAAACAAAAGAAUUGAUUUCGUUGAAGAAGGCUAUCGAAGAAUCGAAGCCAUCGAACGAUUGGGUCACACAAUCGCAGGACACGAACAGUCUGUCGCAAAGCAAAUGAUGAUUUGAUUUCAAUUGGAUUUAAUUGGAUGUGAUUUUUGAUUACUACUACUUGUCUUAAUAAUAAUUA